AUGAAAUCGUUGAAGAUCAACGAAAACACUAAAUUCGUAUCAUUUGACAUCAAGGACCUUUACCCAUCGAUACCAACAAUAGAAACCAUACAGACCGUACAAGAAAUACUGAUGGGAAAAAUGAAAAGAGAGGCUGUCACGGAAAUAAUAAACGCGUUGAAGGUUACAUUAAAACAAAACUACUUCCGGUUCAACAAUAAGAUAUAUAAACAGAUUAACGGGUUAGGAAUAGGCAAUCCGACGUCAGCAAUACUCAUGGAAGUAUUCAUGCAAACACUGGAGGAGAAAUACAUGAAAAACCUAUUGACCAACCUAGGAGUAAAAUUCUACGCGAGAUAUGUCGAUGAUGUAAUAUGUCUAAUAGAGGGAAACAAAGAGAAACAGAUACUAGACUAUCUCAACAAACAACACCAGAAUAUAAAAUUCACCAUGGAAACGGAAAAGGAAAGAAAGAUUAACAAUCUGGAUUAA